AUGCCUUCCAACCAGUCCGGCACAGUGGCGUGUCCUGUCUGUUCCCGACAGGUCCCAGAGAAGGACAUCAACUACCAUCUCGAUAACAACUGUCAGGAUGCGGGAACCAGCUCUCAAAAACCCAACGCCAAGGUCCAGUCGUCUAUCGCUUCACUGUUCACACCCACUGGCAAGGGCCAACAUCACGACGCGCCUUCUUCCUCGCAAACUCCAAGGACCGCAAACCGAGCACAUGAAUCGAAGAAACGCGCCCAACCCGAUGAUAUCUCCUUUACUCUCGAGCCCGGCCCCUCGAAGCGAACGCGAUUGCAAUCGGCGGCACCUCUCGCAGAAAGGCUUCGACCUCAGACGCUCGAUGAGUUUGUCGGGCAGCCUCACCUCACAGGGCCUGACUCGCUUCUGAUGCAUCUCAUGGACACUGGCUCGACCGGAAGCAUGAUAUUUUGGGGACCUCCAGGCUGCGGAAAGACGACAUUGGCUCGCUUAUUAGCGAAGCGCACGAGCGCAGUGUUCAAGGAGCUGAGCGCGACGGACUCUGGGAUAGGGGAGGUGAAAGCGGUUGCGGAAGAGGCGAAACGGUUCCUCGCUCUUACGGGAAGGAGGACCAUUCUAUUUCUGGAUGAGGUGCACCGCUUCAACAAAGCACAACAGGAUAUUUUCUUGCCUUACCUGGAACACGGCCACCUACAACUCAUAGGCGCAACGACUGAGAAUCCGUCGUUCAAGUUGACGGGCGCAUUGAUCAGUCGAUGCCGGGUAUUCGUCUUGGAACGUCUCACGGAUGAAGACAUCCGCAGAAUUAUAACGCAAGCCGUUGAACGCGUGUCUGCCUCGACAUCUGACGCCACGUCUGUCGUCGACGCCGAUAUGGAGGACAUCCCUAGCUCCCAACCGGAAGAAGAUCCUCUCCCUGAACUUCCCUCAUCCCUCUCGUCAACCGCUACGGCUCCUACUGACCCCGCACCGCCCUUUCCUUCCUAUCCUCAGCUCACGCCCAAACUACUCUCCUCCAUUGUCUCACUGUCCGCGGGCGACGCGCGUACCGCACUGUCCCUACUUGAACUCGUCCUCACAGCGCCUCCUACAUCUUCCCCGGACACCCUCCUAGACUCGCUUCGUCGGUCCGUGUCGACGUCGUACGAUCGCACCGGCGAGAGCCAUUACGACAUGAUCAGCGCACUACACAAGAGCGUGCGCGGGAGCCAGCCGAGCGCUGCGCUCUACUGGCUCGCCCGCAUGCUCACCGCCGGCGAAGACCCACUGUACAUCGCAAGGCGGAUGGUCGUAUGCGCGAGCGAGGACAUUGGGCUCGCCGACGUUCACGCCCUACCGUUGGCAAUGGCCGCACUACAGGCAUGUCAAGUCAUAGGCAUGCCCGAGUGUCGCAUUAAUCUCGCGCAUCUUAUAUCCUACCUCGCCGAAGCGCCGAAGUCAACUAGGGCAUACCAAGGUUACAACCGCGCAGAAGUGGCUGCCAAGUCGGAUCCAACCGCCCCAAUACCUUUACCUGUACGCAAUGCGCCAACGAAGCUCAUGAAGGAGCUCGGGUAUGCAAGAGGCUACUGCUACAACCCAGACUACAUACAUCCUGUCACGAAUGACUAUUUACCACCUCCAUUUAAAGACCAGGUCUUCCUCAAACCUGUUGGUGAUACCUCUGACAAGAUCUGGGAUGAAGAUGCUCUGCAUAGGUGGGAGCUGGAUGAAAACAAUGGUGGGGCCUGGGAAGGGAGGGGAAGAGUAGCACAACCACAAGGCACAUAG